AUGGCGGCGACGGGACGGCGGGCGAGAGGGGCGCGCGGGGUCGCGGCGGGGCGGCGCCGGCGGCCGCGGGUGGAGGGCUCGGGCGCCGAAGGGAAGCCCCGGCCGGCGCCGCUCCGGAGCCGCGACGAGGAGGUGUCCAGCGAAGAGGAGGCGGAGAGUGCGGCGGCGGGGCGGCGGCGGGAGGAGGCGGCGGCCGAGGAGGAGUUGGAGGAGACGCCGCAGGAGAAGAAGCUGCGCCUGGCCAAGCUGUACCUGGAGGAGCUGCGGCGGCACGAGGAGGAGCGGGCGGAGGAGGAGGAGGAGGAGGCCGCGGGUUUCCCCGGGGAUCUCGUCGGCGAGCGCCUGAAGGAGGCCGUGCUCGAGCAGCAGGGCCGGCUGCGACGCCCCGCGGCCCAGGACGUGUGCCCUCCGGCCGCUGCCGCCAUCCGAGUGCUGCGGGGCCACCAGCAUUCUGUCACCUGCCUCGUCGUCUCUCCGGAUGACAAGUUCAUCUUUUCGGCUGCUAAGGAUGGCUCCGUCAUCAAAUGGGAAGUGGAGAGUGGGAAGAGACUCUGCGUGGUGCCUGGGGGCAAGAAAGGCACAGAGGGGCAGCCCAUGGGGCACACGGCCCACGUUCUCUGCAUUGCCAUCUCAUCGGACGGCAAAUACCUGGCUACAGGAGACAGGAACAAGCUGAUUCUGAUCUGGGAGGCAGCCACCUGCAAGCGUCUUUAUACGUUCACUGGUCAUCGUGAUGCCGUGUCGGGCCUGUCUUUCCGGAAGGGCACGUACCAGCUGUACAGUGCAUCCCAUGACCGCUCCGUCAAGGUCUGGAAUGUGGAGGAGAAUGCUUAUGUGGAGACCCUCUUUGGGCACCAGGACAUCAUCACAGGGAUGGACAGCCUGAGUCGGGAGUGCUGUGUUACCUCAGGGGGACGAGAUGGCACUGUGCGUUUCUGGAAGAUCCCCGAGGAGUCACAGCUCAUUUUCUAUGGGCAUCAGGGCUCCAUCGAUUGCAUCCAGCUCAUCAAUGAGGAGCACAUGGUGUCAGGUGCUGAUGAUGGGUCAGUGGCCCUGUGGGGGCUGGCGAAGAAGAAGCCACUGGCACUGGUGAGGCAAUCGCACGGGACGCAGGGCGCUGCCCAGGACCUGCAGCAGCCGUACUGGGUAUCUGCAGUGGCCGCCUUGCUCAACAGUGACCUUGUGGCUACAGGUUCCCACAGUGGCUGUGUGAAGUUGUGGAAGUGCGGUGAGGGAUUUCAGAAGCUGGAGCCCCUCUGUGAUAUCCCAUUGAUUGGCUUUGUCAACAGCCUGAAGUUCUCAUCAACGGGAGACUUCUUGGUGGCUGGCAUUGGGCAGGAGCACCGGUUGGGCCGAUGGUGGAGAGUAAAAGAAGCCAAGAACUCCAUCUGCAUCAUUCCUCUUAAAUGUAGAGCGGGAGCCCCUGGUCCCACGGCAGCUGAUUGCGCGUAGCCUCCAAGCGCUACCCCAAGAGCUACAGGAACUGGAUCAUUAAAGUCUGUGUAAUACAGAUACAACAGCUCCAGUGUUGUCAGUGCUGCUUGGGGCUGCAGCAGUGC